AUGGCAAACAGAUUUGGAUCGUGUGCCCAGAAGCUGAUGAUUUCUCCCAAGACACUCGAAAUGGCGUUGGAGCACAAGAACAAUGCAACCACGAAACUUUUCAUAGCUGGCGAAGACAUUGUGUAUGCCAGUUCGUAUGCCGUGACGGUUGCAAAGCAUUCACCGACAGCCUGUAAUCCAAACAUGCAUGCACACCACCAGGCGGAGAUUGGGGCCACCUCGUCACAGUUUGAAGCCCCUUCCCAGCCACACUUGCUUAUGGAUGCUCUUUCUGCGAGCUCGACAAGACAUAUAAGGUAUGCGGUCGGUGGAAUCGAUCCAGGAACUUUGCGGAGUGAGUUUUCGUCCACAGACCCUUCCAAUUCCUGGAAGGUGAUUAUCUCUGGCUGUUUGGAGCCAUGUAUAUGUUUGAUGUUAUUUGAGUCGAGAUGGGUGCUUACCGGAGAUAUCAGGUCACCGGAGUUUACCAGCAACGCUUUUGACGAUUCCUCCUCGAAAACCAUUGAGCUUUAA